AUGCUACUGGUGGCGAUGCUGCUGGCUUUUAGCAUCAACAAUGUCGCAGGUACUCGAUUUGUUGGAAAACGUCCUGGCAACGUGACCGACUCGAUAUGUUGCAGGGAGUAUUAUUAUAUGGGAGAGUGUCGUCCUGGGCAGAACGACGCUCCUGGUGGGAACUGCUACGAAUUCUGCAUUCAGGAGUGUAAAGGUGCCCUCUGCAAGCACACGUCUAAAGGCCAUCACUGCCAUUGUAUGUGUUGA